AUGUCGUUACCAGAACAAUUUGCGAACAACCUGGAAAAUCAGCUCAGAAAAACUCCAGGAUUUGGCACGUUGCCAUUUACCGUUGUAUUAAUCGGACUGGAAUUGUUAAUGGAUCAGGGAUUUUCGUGCCCAUGUACCCCAGGCCUUAACGCAGUACUGAUCAGCUUCAUCUUUCUUGGACCUGCUCUUCUGGCUCUGACUGUGAUGAUGUUCAUGAGAAGGCCUUGCAGACGUAAAUCGCAGAAUGUCACAGAGCUUAUUUUAUUGAGUCUGAUUCUGCCUUUAUUGUGGAUGUUUCUGUUGCUGUUUGAGGGUGAAUAUGUUGCGUGUGGCAUGGCGCACUGGGAAGGAGAUUACGUCUUGGAUGAAGAGCUCCAGAUUAAAUGGUGCAAACCCACUGGAAUGAAUGACACUGGAGUGAACGGAACAGAACUGCUGGAACUGACCGAAAAAAUCACUUUCUACUCGAGGCUUUCAGCUUUAGCUCUACUGUCAGUCCUCUGCAUUUCCAUCAUGACUGCCGUCAUUUAUAGAGACUGUAAGAACAGAACUUUGGAGCAACUGGAUAAAUGGGAUGAACCAACACAACAAACAUCUCUCAGCAGCUCAGAAGCGGAAGUUACAGGUUAUUAUCUGGCUUCUGUUGUCUGCAUUGUAGCAAUUAUUUAUGUGACUAUUGACUACUGCAGAAUUAGAAAUUCUACAAUAAUUGGGGAGCAGCAAGACCCAGAGGAUCCUACAUGUGGGGGAAAACAAGACCCAACAAAUCCUACAACAAGUGAGGGACAGCAAGACCCAAAAGAUCCUUCAAGAUGUCUGAGAAAGCAAGACCCAACAAAACCUACAAAGAGUGGGGGACAGCAAGACCCAAAAGAUCCUACAACAAGUGGGGGACAGCAAGACCCAACAAAACCUGGUACAGUGAGUGAGGAACAUCUAGCAAGGGCACAACAGGAGCAAAGCAAUAACAGCUAUCACAUGACAGAUGCUGAAGACCCAACAGAGAAAGACCCUUUUAUAAAGCAGUAA